CCAUGGGUGGUGGCCUGUGAGACCGAGCACAGGGUUGUAAACACCUCUUUCUCUGAUGAAAUGUGUCUCCUGCUGCGCCAGCCGCAGCUGAGCUACCCGGGGCCGCUGCUGAAUCACAUGAUAUAACUACGCUAGCUAACAUGCUAGCUUCGGUUGUCAAAGCCGCUGUCAACAGCCACGGACCCCCGGAGUAGCCUAGAUGUACUAACAAGUAUUUGCAAACGCUAAAGUCUUUGAAGGGGAGUCAUCUUCUUUCCUACUCACACUCUUCAAGAUAUUGAGUCAUUUAACUUCCGGCGAAUAAGUCCCAAGGCUUUUGCCAUCCCCAAGGCUCAUCAGGCAAGCAAGUCCUCCGUCAGUUCUGGGAUAUUGCUAAAUGUGAGAUUGUGGACUCGCAUAGGCAAGAUGGAUAGACGAUAAAUAAGACAUCAACUUCAGAGGUACAUGUUGAUUUCGUAAUGACAAGCUGCUGUGCAGAAGAUGUCCACGCUGUCUGUGACUGAUAUCCCAGAUGUUGGUCAUGAUGAGAAUAAGGUGUUUGAUGGGGCCUCUGAGCUGCAACUGGACUGCAUGGUUGAGGAGAGCAGUGGGAGCACCACAAUGAAGCAUGACGGCCUGCUGUCUCUGGCGGACCUCUCCCACCCCGAUGACUUCCCCGUCCCCCCUCAUAAUGGCCCUUCACUGACCGAGAUGAGCACAUCUCUGCCAAUAGAGCCAAAUGAUAUUAAAUUGGAUCCAGCUGCAGGUGACACAUCUGCCAGCAUAGAUGGUCAGCCAGUGAAGAGAAAGAAGGGGCCUGCUCCAAAGAUGCUUGGCAAUGAGGUGUGCAGUGUGUGUGGUGACAAGGCCUCUGGUUUCCAUUACAAUGUGUUGAGCUGUGAGGGCUGUAAGGGCUUCUUUCGACGCAGCGUCAUUAAAAGUGCCCAGUACUCCUGCAAAAACAACGGCCGCUGUGAAAUGGACAUGUACAUGCGCCGCAAGUGCCAGCAGUGCCGCCUGCGCAAGUGUCGGGAGGCAGGCAUGCUGGAGCAGUGUGUGCUCUCUGAGGAACAAAUCAGGCUAAAGAAGAUGAAGAAGCAGCACGAGGAGGAAACAGCCCGCACGUCCACAGUGGUCACACCCACCCCUCCACAGGAAGCAGCCCCACUGGAUCCACAGCAGCAGGAGAUGAUUGAGAAGCUGGUGGCCAUGCAGAAGCAAUGCAACAAGAGGUCUUUCCUUGAACGACCAAAAGUGACACCGUGGCCACAGAGCCAGGACUUGCAGAACCGAGAAGUGCGUCAGCAGCGUUUCGCACACUUCACUGAGCUAGCAAUCAUGUCAGUCCAGGAGAUUGUGGAUUUUGCUAAGCAGCUUCCUGGUUUCCUGGAGCUCACAAGGGAGGAUCAGAUUGCUCUACUGAAAACAUCUACCAUUGAGAUUAUGCUUCUCGAAACAUCUCGGCGGUACAACCCCGCUAUCGAUAGCAUUACAUUUCUGAAGGAUUUCAGCUAUAAUAAGGAGGAUUUUGCCAAAGCAGGGCUUCAGUUUGAGUUCAUUAACCCCAUCUUUGAGUUCUCAAAAGGAAUGAAUGAUCUGCAUCUGGAUGAGGCCGAAUAUGCGCUGCUCAUCGCCAUAAACAUCUUUUCUGCAGAUCGGCCAAAUGUGCAGGAUCAUGAUCUAGUGGAGAGACUACAGCAGCCCUAUGUGGACGCGCUGCGUUCUUACAUCAUGAUAAAGAGACCAAAUGAUCACUUGAUGUUUCCUCGUAUGCUGAUGAAGCUGGUGAGCCUCCGUACACUAAGUAGCGUCCACUCUGAGCAGGUUUUUGCCCUUCGCCUCCAGGACAAGAAGCUUCCCCCGCUGCUCUCUGAAAUCUGGGAUGUCAAUGAGUGACUGCAAACCUGAUGUCACACUCUAGGGCUGUAUGAAACCUGUGACAGACAUGGCAUCCAGCAGGAACACUGACUACUUUCUGCCCGUCUGGUCAAGGAUUGGUUAUAGCAUUGAAGUUUUUGUUUGUUUGUUUGUUUUUUUUGUUUUUUCUGGUGAGCAGAGAGCAUCCUUGCCCUUUGCUCUCAAACGGACUGCUAAAAGGUUUUGGUUUCAUAAGGACAAAUAGUUUUCUUGGAGCCCUUUGUACUUCUUUUUUGUGUAGAUGCUGACAUUAUUAUGAUGAUAUUAAAUACCAGCAUCAGGCUCUUAGCCGGUUAUCUCUGAUUUAAUAUUUGUUGAAAGUUAUGUCAAUCUCUAGUGCAGUUCUUUACUCACCAUCUAACAAUUCUAAUCAGAAAAUUCUGAGCAGGUCUUGACUGUGGCUGUUUGAAACAUCAACACAUUCAGUUGAAAUAGUGAUUUUUGCAGUCGUGCAAUAGGUAGAAAUGGAAACGGAGUUAAACAUGAGCAGAGCCAUAUCUGCUGUUUAUCUUAUUGAUGUUAAGGUAAAAUGAUAGGCCAUCUGCUUGGUGUUGUGCAUUGUGAAAUGGCAACAUAUAGUUUGUGUUCCUUUUUGGAGUAAGUGCAGAAAUCAAACGGUUUGUAUAGUCGCUCAGGUAAAGUAAUGUGAAGUAGACCUCUGGGAAUUAGAGGCUUCUUUAAUUUCUAUUCGAUUACUUUAGAUUACUUUAGCUUUCCUCGAAGUGCAUAAGGGACCCUUUUGGUCAUUUAUAGAUGUUCAUUAACUUUCAUGUAAAUUGUAUAUUUAUUUUCACAAGAAAAAUGUAUGUGCACACAUGAAAAGUAUCCAGAAGAUUGUACAAUCACAUACUAACGCACAAGAAAGUAAACCUCUGCAGGCGACUGGCAGGCUGCACCCUCAUUUACAGGAAAUGGUGAUGCAACUAAAUCUUUUUUUCUUUUUUUACUCAGAGCUCUUGUACCUUGAAAUAGGUAGGACCCUUGUUUCAAAUGAAUAAAAAACAUCCUGAUAAAGUUGUAUCCAUAAAUUAAAUUAGAAAGGAUUGCCUCUAUUAACACCAUGUUCGUCAUUAUGUAAAUGUAAGUUAUACUUUUAUUCAUAUCAUUAUAAAGCAGUACAGUUAUUCUUAUUUUCAUUAUUAUUUUAUAUGACAUGCAUUUAGAUGUGAGAGAAUGUACAAGCAACAUACAUACAGAGAAUUUCACAGACAUUUUUGAUAAUCUACUGUAUGAAUGAUAUUGAGGGGGGAAAAAAUGUAUAGUUGACCAUAGUCUUGAGUAUCUUCCUUGAACGGGUAUUCGACACCAACCGCUUUAACCUGUCAGAUUCUGGAAAGCCUCACUAAAACUGUACCAAAAUCUUUAUUAAUGGUGCAGAGAACAGGAAAUUAGUAGAAACGUUGAUAUUUUACGGUAUUAUAAACUUUAUAACUACAGAGAUUUAUGUUUAUAUUCAUGCUGUGUUUAUUCUCUCUUCGUACUUGUGUUGUGUCAAGGGUUGAAAACUGGACAACAAUGCAGAUGCAGUGACAGUGUGUGUAGCCAUUUCCAGCUAUCACCAUUACACUUACAUAACCAUAGAUUGUAAAAUGCAGUUUGCUCUGUCUGGACACAAAUGAUUUCAACCAUUUCAGCUUUUCACCAGGUUCCAGUUAAAAUUGGGCAUUAUACAUUAUUGUAAUGCUUUUGUUUUACAAGUUGCAGCUACAAUUUCUUGUGGCUUUUAAUUAAUAAAAUUGUGUUCACAACUAA